AGGCUUCCUCCCAAAGCCCUCCAAGCCAGACACACGGCCGCCGCAGCCGAGAUGGCCGCCGGAGAUGCCACCCACGCGCCGCCGGCCGCGGAGGCGCAGUCUCUGGUGGAGUCGUUCUGCGCCGUCACCUCGGCGACCCCCGACGAGGCGGCCUUCUUCCUCGAGGGCCACAACUGGGCCCUCGAGGCCGCCGUUCGCUCCUUCUACGACAACACGGAAGUCGACGCCGAUGGCCCCGAUCCGGCACCCCAGACCCCGCCAGCCGGUUCGCCUCCGUGCUCCUCACCACGCGCCACGACACCAUCGACGACCUCCUCCAUACCGGCGAGCUCGCGCUAUGUUCAGUUGUGCUCAUGUUCAGGCUCAUCAUAAUCCUGAGCAGCGCCGCCAAGAUCACUCACCAGGCGCAGGCCCUUACUGGCCAGACCACCAAGUGGCACGCCUGCUGGCUGCUGCACUAUCGAGCCGGUCCUGGACGAUGAGAUAGAUCCGGGAUCCAACCAGAACUCCAUGCUGGAAGGGUACCCCUAGGACGAGAGCGGUUGAGAGUCCAGCGAGGAGACCGGCGAUGAGGACAUACUGGAGAACACCAAGUUCCUCUAGAUGUUGGUUUUUUCCCUGCAUAUGCUCAACUAGGCUCAACUGGAACA